AUGGAAUUUAAUCCAUUUACUGAGCCUUCAAACUUUGUUGAACUGCUUAGCAGUCAACAAAGUGUUUCACUAUCUGAAGCGCAAGUUCCCUUCUAUGGCACUCAAGGCACUGAGCUUUCAAACUUCGGUGAAGACAACCAAGCCUCUCGUAAAGAAAGAAGGACGUGGUCGCCAGGAGAUGAUGUUCUGCUCAUUAGCUCGUGGUUAAACACGAGCAAAGAUGCAGUAGUAGGGAAUGAGCAAAGGCUUAAUGCAUUCUGGAAAAUAAUAGUUGCGUACUACAAUGCUAGUCCCUCUGUUGGUGGCUGUGAAAAGAGAGAGCCAGCACACUGUAAGAAUCGCUGGCAGAAGAUCAAUGACCAAGUUUGCAAGUUUUGUGGCGCAUACGAAGCUGCGAACAGAGAGAAAACCAGUGGUCAAAACGAGAAUGAUAAGUGGUGCGAGCUGUCUACUGCUAAAAAUGAUGGAGGCUCCAAAAAGAGGAAGUGUGGGGAUGUUUCACAUUCAGCAAGCUCGAAAGCAACUGAAGUGGAUUCCGGUGACGAUGAUGAAGCAACAACUCGUCCCCCGGGUGUUAAGGCAGCAAAGGCUCGUUCUAAGAAGACAAUGAGUGAUGGGAAGGAACUGUCUGAGUUUCAGACAAUGUGGAACAUCAAGCAGCAAGAUUUGGCUUUGAAAUCAAGGCUGUAUAAGAUGAAGUUACUCGACGGUCUCAUUACUAAACAAGGACCACUAACGGAUGUUGAAGAAGCGUUUAAGACUCAACUCAUGAAUGAGUUGAUGUCUCCAUAG